UCCGUUCGUCUGAAGAGAGCAAUCCACUCUGAAAUAAGUUUGAUUAUUUAGUACCAAGUUGAGCAAGAGCCGGUUUUGGACUCUUUUUCAGGUUCAAAUCUAUUCUGCCAUACAUAAAUUAAUCAGUUCAUUCUCGGUUCUAUAGCAAAACUGUGUUCUUCCAAUAUAGAGGAGAUGCAAGAUAAUUUUGUUUGCUUCAUUUCGCUCUCUUCCCGUGCUAAUUAAUUUACAGUGGCAAAAACCAGCACUAUUCAGAACCUGGCAUUCAUGCAUUAAAACUGACCAGGUAAAGAUGCAGCUCAGUGCACAAUCAGCGUUCGUUCUCACGAUUUUGUGGCUGGUUUUGUCAUUCACGGAUGCACAAACAGAUCUAGCAAUCGACGCCGAAUGCGUAGUUCAAAGAACAAACCUACCAGGGAUAUGUCGGUUAGUGUCCGAGUGUCAAUCGGUAAUCGACGACAUACGAAACAGACGAGGGAAUCCCACCAAAUGUGGCUUCCAGAACAAAGUGCAGAUAGUGUGCUGUUCGGAUGGGGUUCAACCACAAACAACCCCAACUCCGUCGGCUUCGGUGAUGAGUAAUCACCCGCGUGCAGCAGAAAAAUGUGCUGAAUAUGGUGAAGCUGUGUUCUCGAAAGAAUACGUCAUUUCGCUUGGCGCAGACCAACCAAAGCUACAGCAGUUGGACAAAUGCGGCCACAAAGCGGUCGAGUUGAUUGUGGAUGGUGAAGCCGCCAAAGCGAGGGAAUUCCCGCACAUGGCUCUGAUUGGUUACGGGGCAGGGUCAGCAGUGCAGUAUCUGUGUGGCGGGUCGCUCGUAUCCGACAAAUUUGUGCUUACCGCUGGUCAUUGUACGAACUCGGUGGAGUUCGGCCAACCAACCACCGUCCGCCUGGGUGAACUAGCAUUGGACUCUACCAACGAUGAAGCCUUCCCAGAGGAUUACAACAUCGCAGAGCUGAUUCCUCAUCCAGAGUACAGACAAAUUUCCCAAUACAAUGAUAUCGCGUUACUGAAGCUCGAUCGCAAGGUUAUAUUCUCGCCGUACAUCCGACCGAUAUGUCUCCCUCUGACGGGAACACUCACUAACAAGCGAGCAAUUGCCACUGGUUGGGGAACGAUUGGAUAUAGCGAGGCGACCAGUCCCAUCCUGCUGAAAGUGGUGCUCGAUAUGUUCGGAUAUGACGAGUGCGCACAACAAUUUGAGGUUAACAGAAAACUGAAGGAUGGACUGCAGGAGAAAAGUCAGAUAUGCGCUGGCUCGCGGAACUCUUCCAAGGACACGUGCCAGGGUGAUUCCGGCGGACCACUACAAAUUUAUAACGAUAAUGUCUACUGCACCUACACCAUCAUCGGAAUUACCUCAUUUGGGAAAUAUUGUGGUCUCGCUGGAUCCCCCGGUGUGUACACUAGGGUUUACGAAUAUAUUUCCUGGAUAGAAAAUCUUAUAUUCUAAUCGAUGCGUGAACAAUAAAGCACUUACCUCAACGCUGAUACAAGUCACUCAUAAACA